AUGCGAGCAACGCUUGAUUCCAACGGCUCAGAAACUCUCUUAGCCUCCUCCACAACCCCACCCUCGCCGAACCUUGCCAAACCGCCUCAUCCACUGGCACGCUUGGCUGAUCCACCACAUCCGCUGGUACGUCUGGCCGAUCCGCCACAACAGGCCACCUUUGCCCUCGUCCACGAUAGAUCUGCGGUGUUGAUGGCAAAAGAGUCGAGCAUUGGGCCAAUAUCUAUUGAUCAUUUCGCGAUGUAUAGAUUUAUAGACAACAAGCACCGCUUUCCCAUAGCGCGGUGCUUCUGUACCACCACCAACCACGAGCACGACCUCUACACCAAGCUCCAGGUGCGCUUGGCCACCCUUCUACGAGUGGACGUCCCUUUCGUUUUUUUGACAUCAUCUCGUCCAGCCGUGGCUGCCCCCUCCACUGACUCCAUUCUUGCAUCUCUUCCCAGCAUUUCACUCCACGGUCGUAAUACUCAACUUCCCUCUCCCAUAUCUCCAACAACACAGCCAUCUCCCACGCCCGCCCCAUGCAUCCCAAAUUUGUAUUCCCUUCAUUCGCCCGAGAUCCCCCUGACGCCCGGUUCGAGCGAUCAGGCCCUAUGCGUUCUGCAAACAGCGCUUCGUUACCUGGAAGCUAUCCGCGUCAAGGUCCCAGAGGUGGUCACGCAGGAGAAGGUGGAUCCUGGGUCUACUUGUGAAAAGGAAUCGGUUGAACGCAUCGUUCAAGGUGAGGUCAGCGCUGGCCUUGAUGGACCUACCUCUUCCACGGAAACAUCGAUGCGCCGACGUUCGAAUCGCGAAACGGCGAGGACUUAG